UUUGUUGUUUUUUUUUCUUCUAUAGAUGCCACCUUCAAUGAACAGCAAGAUCUUUUUUGUCAGAAGUUGCAACAGUGUUGCGUGCUCUUUGACUUCAUGGACUCUGUUUCAGACCUGAAAAGUAAAGAAAUCAAGAGAGCAACACUGAAUGAACUGGUUGAAUAUGUUUCAACAAAUCGUGGAGUGAUUGUUGAAUCAGCUUAUGCUGACAUAGUGAAAAUGAUUAGUUCUAAUAUUUUCAGAACACUUCCACCUAGUGAUAACCCAGAUUUUGAUCCGGAAGAAGAUGAACCAACUCUUGAAGCCUCAUGGCCCCACAUACAGUUGGUGUAUGAGUUCUUCCUGAGGUUUUUGGAGAGCCCGGAUUUUCAGCCCAGCAUUGCAAAGAGAUACAUUGACCAGAGAUUUGUACAGCAGUUGUUGGAGCUCUUUGACAGUGAAGACCCACGAGAACGUGAUUUCCUAAAGACAGUUCUUCAUAGAAUUUAUGGAAAAUUCCUUGGUUUAAGAGCAUUCAUCAGGAAACAGAUAAACAACAUUUUCCUCAGGUUUAUAUAUGAAACAGAGCACUUCAAUGGUGUUGCUGAACUUCUUGAGAUAUUAGGAAGUAUUAUCAAUGGUUUUGCACUGCCACUGAAAGCAGAACACAAACAGUUCCUUAUGAAAGUUCUGAUUCCCAUGCAUACUGCAAAGGGAUUAGCUUUGUUUCAUGCACAGCUCGCCUAUUGUGUUGUACAGUUCCUGGAAAAGGAUACAACUUUAACAGAGCCUGUAAUCAGAGGACUGCUCAAAUUUUGGCCAAAAACGUGCAGUCAGAAAGAGGUAAUGUUUUUAGGUGAAAUUGAAGAAAUCUUAGAUGUUAUAGAACCAACACAAUUCAAAAAAAUAGAAGAGCCUUUAUUUAAGCAAAUAUCCAAGAGUGUGUCAAGUUCACAUUUUCAGGUUGCAGAAAGAGCUUUGUACUUCUGGAAUAACGAAUAUAUUCUUAGCCUGAUUGAGGAGAACAUUGAUAAAAUUCUACCAAUUAUGUUUGGCAGUUUGUACAAGAUCUCCAAAGAACACUGGAAUCCAACCAUUGUGGCACUGGUGUACAACGUGCUGAAAACCCUGAUGGAAAUGAACGGCAAGCUUUUUGAUGAACUCACGAGCUCGUACAAAGCAGAAAGGCAAAGAGAGAAAAAGAAAGAAUUGGAACGUGAAGAGUUGUGGAGGAGAUUGGAGGAGUUAAAGCUUAAGAAAGCGAUGGCAGAGAAGCAGAACAGCACUCACAACGUGCUCAAUGCACACAAUACAAGUGCCAAAUAAAAGAAAUGACCACCUCUACUCGGCAGACAUUCUUUUUUUGUACCCUUUUGAAAUAUAUAAAGAUUUGCAAAAGAAACCUCAUCAGUAUAAUGGAAACAGCCAAUUUUUUUCUCUGGCAAAUGUAAAGAUUUGAGUUUAAAUACAGCAGUUAAGUGAUGUCAUUACCACAACAUAUUGUAAAUUUGUCUAAUUAUUGAUAUACUGUCACUUCCAAUGUUUCAUAGAACUGAAUUAUCAUCCUUAAUGAGUGAAAUAAUUAUGGGAGUGGUGAGAAUUAUGACUUGAAUUUUUGAUUGUGUUGCACAUAGGUGGUAUAGUUUGCUAUGUACACAUUUUUCCUUGUUUUUUUUAUGUGCUUUUCACAUUGCUGCAUACUUUGGUUAAGGUGAUAGAAAAGGCUUCUAGUUGUGCUGUAUUUUCUCAAAUAAAACCGAGGUACGUUACCAGUAACUUGAGAUAUUCAGUAUAUGCCCCUUACAGCAUUGAAAGGAACUCUGAUACAGAGCUGUCCUUGAAUUCCUGAUUGGAUUCAGAUUUAUAUCUAUACAAUGCUCACAUUAGAAACAAGGCAAGGAAGGGAGAGAAUCAGCUGCAACAGGUUGGGGUGGCCAGUGCCUCUGCCCCAUUCCUGCUGCCUCUUGGGUCCUGGGCUAGUUAAGGAUUUCCUCCUGCUACAGCUGAGGAUGGAGCUUCCUCUGGAGAGCCCAUCAAUGAUGCUCCUUGUCAGCCCAAGGACCCUCCAGACUGGUGCAGUCUCCAAGAAAGACCCAUCUUGGAUGUUUCUGCGUUAGUUUUAGCAUCUCAUGGACUGAAGAAUGAGACCAAAAUUGGCAUUAGUAUAUUUUUUUUUUCAGUAAGGAGGAAAGAAUGUCAAGAAAUUAUUCCUUGUUUUCUUUAAAGAAAAUGCAGUCUGUUUCUUAAAGGUGGAAAGUUGACAAUAGAAGUCUUGUCUGUUUACUUGAUCAAGUAUUUUUUCACAUCUUUUAUCAGAGUACCAUUCCAAUCUCUUAAAUUGCAGUUGUGUGGAAAAAUUUUGUAAUGAAAGAUCUUUGGGGAAUUGAGCAGCAUUCAAUAAAGUCUUUAUGUUUGUAUUUA